GUGGCUGCUGCAGUCAGUACAGUUAGUGCGGUCAGUGCGGCACCAUCAAACACCUUUGAGCAAUUUUUUGGCGAACUUGGAGGAAUCACCAUCGAUUUUGGGAUUCGAAUAAGGCUACGCUCAAGAAGAUUGUGCCCUUCACCAACUCUUCUUAGCCAUCCAGCAAACUCUUCGUUUCCAGCAGACAGCCCCGAAACCGGCAGGUGAAAAGCACUAUGAGCAGUACGUCCAUCCUGCAGUAAUGUUGCUGCUAUACCAGUUGAAGCAACUGCAAUCACAUUUCUUCCAUGAGCACGAAGAUUCUCGAUAAACUUCCGAAAUAAAAAUGUUUUACC